AUGCUACAAGGUGAAAUGCCUUUUGGAUCUUGGAGAGAAAGUGAGCUUGCAUUUGCUAGAACUGCAAAAGAACAGCUAACCCUUCCACAAACUUUCAGCCUUGAAGCUGUUGAUCUUAUCACUAAGUUACUUGAAGUUGAUGAAAGCGCAAGACUAGGAAGCCAAGGCAUCGACUCUAUCAAACGUCAUCCUUGGUUUCAUGGGGCUGAUUGGGAAGGAUUAGCACAUGGUACGGUUCCUAUUCCCAAUGUGAUUCUCUUGCGCAUAAAUCGACAUAUGGAAAGUUAUUCCGAUAAUGCAUCAACUUCCAUUUAUUCCCAACUUGUAGAUGACGAAGAACUUAACACUGCAGAACGACUUGAAAACUGGUAG